AUGGCAAUGUCUAAUUUAUCGACUUUAGCACCGUCGCUGGCAGAUUAUGCUCCUUAUUAUUAUCAAUUUCGUGCAAUUCAUCGUUUUCUUGUUAGUAUCACGUAUCCUUAUAUAUUUUUUAUUACUUUUGUUGGUUUUAUCACCAAUACAUUAACUGUGAUACUUUUAUCAAAAAAAAACGUGACUAGAAACUUGAAAAACAAAUGGACGUUAAUUGCAUUAGCGCUCAGCGAUCUUCUAUUCAACACAGUAUUACUAAUUCGUGGGAUACAUGAUCUUACGAAGUUGAAGGCACAUUAUAUCUGUUUGGUUGUAUCGUUUCUUAGCCAUCUUGCUGAGUUAUUAUCUGCGUGUUAUACCGUCGCGUUUACUAUUCAACGUUACUAUGCUAUUCGAUGUCCGUUGGAAGCCGCUGUUCGACGCCGUUCAUCGCCUAUUGUUUCUCUGCUGCUGAUAUUCAUUUUGAGUUCAGUUUUUUGUUUUCUCAUAUCGUAUUAUAAUAAUUAUGAAGAUUGUCUCGAAGAAUUAUAUCUUAACUGGUUCAUAGCGGAUGCCUUUUUCUCAUUUGUGAUUCCGGUUAUAUUAAUUUUAAUCUUCAAUACACUCAUUGUAAAUUAUAUCCGAAAACGCUCAUAUGUAUCAGUGACUCGUGAAACCUCGUUGUUUUCAGCAAGACAAUUAGCAAAUGCUGACGACAUGGACGGACUUGAACAUAAUGCAACAACGGUAUUAUCAACAAUAUUGAGUCAAGACGACGGAAACGAAUAUAUUGAAUUGAAUGAAUCGAACGGUGUCAAUCAAUCAUGCGUUGCGGCACCAUCAGAACGUGUUAGUUCCGGAGAAGUAUCAUUAAAUCGUCAAUCUCGAACGAAAGUCCAAUCACAACGAUAUUUCUAUCGUCCGAAACUGAUAUCUUUCGAUUCCUAUUUUAAUCGAAAAUCAAAGAAAUCUUCGUUUCAAUCUAAUGAGAAUGAGACCAUGGACCAAUUGUCAGUGAAAACAUCCCAGUCUAUACAUGUUACACGAAUGCUUGUUCUCGUUUCCACCUGCUUCCUACUACUAAAUGCACCGGGACAUUUAUGUGUCAUUAUCUUGAAAGUCUACAUCGAUAUUUACAAUCGACCAAUGGAUGGUGAACACAUUUCCUCGUACGAUUACAGUUUAAUACAAAAUUCCACUUUAAAUAGCAACAUGAUCUCAUCGUAUCAGCCAAAAGAAUCAACAACUAACGAUCAAUUAAUAAUCCAUUUGCUUUACACUGCUGUUUUAUUCACACAAUUAAUCGCGUAUGCAUCAUAUUCCAUAAAUUUCUUUCUUUACUCAUUCAGUGGAAUAACUUUCCGAGCAAGUCUUCGACAGUUAAUCAGACGAUUCCGAAAACACUAA